AUGGAUCUCAUCAGGAGGUUGAACUUGGCAAUGGAUCCCAGGAGUUUCCCACCGGAGUUUUUCCAGCGGGAAGACGAGAGCAAUGACGCCGAGUUUUACACCAUGCCGCGGCUGGUGGUUCACAUUGACGAUGGGGCCAUUGACGCGGUGGGCAAGCUGUUUCGGCGGUUGAUACCGGAGCAGGCCGAAGUGCUGGACCUGAUGACCAGUUGGCGGACCCACUGGCCCGACGAUCACCCGCGCAAACGGAUCGUGGGUCUGGGUAUGAAUGCUGCCGAGAUGGCCGACAACCCGCAACUGACCGAAUACGUCCUGCGGGACAUCAACGCCGAUCCAUCACUGCCCUUCGAUGAUGAGUCUUUCGAUGCCGUGGUGAUCACGGUGUCGGUGCAGUACCUGACCCACCCACUGGAUGUGUUCUCGGAAGUUUCCAGGAUACUGCGGCCGGGUGGGGUAUUUGUGGUUUCGUUUUCCAACCGGUGCUUCCCCACCAAGGCGGUGCGGGUGUGGAGAGGGACCAACGACGAAGACCACAUCGAGCUGGUAGCGUCAUAUAUGCACCACGCCGGAGGAUUGGCUGGGGUGCGGGGCGGGUUGUCCAACGCUGACGACUCGCCGCCCUCGGAUCCGCUGUUCGCGGUAUUUUCGUACAAGGGGCUGGAAACCACGGAGCCGGAGACCGCCGCCGGCUGA